AUGCCAGCCAUGUCAAGCCCGGCACAAGGACGUAACGACCGCGGACGCCUGCGCCCGCCAGCAGAGAUCGUAUCUCCAAGCGUAGAGCGGAUGUUCCCUCAGCCCAACCAGGACAGUCGUGUCCCAUCACAGCAUAAGGUAUAUAAAUGGCUCUUCAACCAACAACACUUUGUGCAGGCAGGCAUCAUGGCGAAUGUCGACUCACCACGCUCCAUCCGGAUGAGCCCAGCUCUCACAACAAACACCCAGUCUAACAUAUGUCAGACACCACCUAGACACACCCAACCUCUCGACCCGUUGCCACCCCUUAGAUCAUCAAAGCGCACCGAAUCCUACGGCGGAAACCGGGAUCAGGACCCCGAGAACGAGGACAACUCAGACAGGUCCCUCAGGCGUAGCUUUUCGAGCCUUCUUGAAGUGCGCCCGGCCAAAAGGGCCAGAUACAACCCACCCACACCACCCACACCACCCCGAAGAAGGCCAGCGAACAGAAGACCUGGCAAUGCCCAAUCGGCCCGCUCUUUUCGACAGGCGCUACGAGCUCCUGCUGUUCAAGAAACUGUCGAGAUUGCUGCGCCUGACCAACCCACCGAAAAGCAUUUUCCGUUACUCAAGCUUCCAUAUGAGAUCCGCGAGAAGAUUCUACAGUAUCUGCUUGUCUCCGACAAGCCAGUCUACGUAAAGCGCCUUUGGACCGAACAGGUCCGUUCCACCCGCCGCAGCACCCGCGGACGGGGACAUUGGGGUAAUGGCGAGGGUAUGAGCCAACAUACCAUUGACACAACGAUCCUGCGAACAUCCCGUCAGAUGCUGGCGGAGGGCAGUUCGCUUCUGUACUCGCAGAAUCAGUUCGUUUAUCUCUUGCGGGACCCGGCCCAUGCCGAAGUAGACUUCGCUUCGAUGCUUGCUGAAGCGCAGAAGCAAUCCCCCAAACAAGUUAUGGGCGGUGGCAGUCGCACUCAGAACCGUAAACGCAAAGCAGACAUCCAAUCUAGUGGCGGUAGCUAUGGCCUACACGAGAUCAACAUUGCGAAGUACGGGCAUUUGUUGCGACAUCUAAGCAUCGAGCUCGAGCCAAACCGAUCCGGCAAGGAAUACCGGGAGCUCAUGGAGCGGGCCCUUGAUGUCCUGGCCAGCGCUGACAGAAGGGGUCGGUAUCUGCUUGCUGGUCAAGUUGUGGGCGAGAAGACACCGAGAAUCUUCCUUCACACCUUGACCAUCACCGUGUCACCGGAAGACGACCAGAACAACCGCCGCAGCCCAAAAAGUUCCCCCAACAGCAACCAAGAGUCGAGCCCCUUUUCCUCGAGCGCCAUCGAGCUGUUUGGUAGCCGAUCACCCGUCAUGCAGGCUCUCUGCCGCAUUGACACCCAUUUCUUGAGAAUCAACAUGCAUAUCGACGAAGGCGCUCAUGACGAGGAGGAGGACCAAUUCGCGGUUAGCACAGGAACUGGAAAGCGUCAUCUCGAGACGACACUUGACCUGCGCUUCCUUUCGCGCCACGUAAUCGAUCACUUGAUGAAGGAACAGCGGGCCAAGCGGGGCGAAGAGGCCAAGGCAUCGCUCCAACUUCUUAAGGAGCGCAUGUAUGUCGGAUACAAGGAUCCGGACCAGGCUGUGAUCAAUGGGCUUUGGGAGGACAAUAGCGCCGCCGAUGUCCGCCGCAAGAAGGAGAGGGCAGAGUUUGAGGCCCGUCUCGAGGGCAUUGAUCGGCCCACCAAGGAUGCUCGUCGUCAGAGUGAUGACGAGGAAGAGUCCAGCUCCGAUGAAGAGAGCGACGACAAUGACAAUGACGACGAUGACUAUGAGAGUCAGCCGAAGAAGAGGAAGCAGCCGGUUCGCGGCCGUGGACGGUAUGGAUAUUCUUUGCUCAUUUCUGUAAGACGUGUUGCUGAUAGGUUGAUUGUUUCCAGGUCUUGA